AUGACUAAAUCUGAUCCCACUUGUAGUGUGCUCACCGUACCAGAGCCAGGAGUACUCUCAGUACCAGAGCCAGGUGUACUCCCAGUACCAGAGCCAGGUGUACUCUCAGUACCAGAGCCAGGUGUACUCACAGUACCAGAGCCAGGUGUACUGACAGUACCAGAGCCAGGUGUACUCACAGUACCAGAGCCAGGUAUACUCUCAGUACCAGAGCCAUUGUACUCACUGUACCAGAGCCAGGUGUACUCUCAGUACCAGAGCCAGGUGUACUCACAGUACCAGAGCCAGGUGUACUCUCAGUACCAGAGCCAGGUGUAUUCUCAGUACCAGAGCCAGGUGUAUUCACUGUACCAGAGCCAGGCGUACUCUCAGUACCAGAGCCAGGUGUACUCACAGUACCAGAGUUUUGUACUCACAGUACCAGAGCCAGGUGUACUCUCAGUACCAGUUCCAGGUGUAUUCUCAGUACCAGAGCCAGGUGUACUCACAGUAACAGUGCCAGGUGUAUUCUCAGUACCAGAGCCAGGUGUACUCUCCGUACCAGAGCCAGGUGUACUCACAGUACCAGAGCCAUUAUACUCACAGAACCAGAGCCAGGUAUACUCCCAGUACUAG